AUUGUCCGCGAGCUUGAAUCUCCUGAUAUCCUCUUAACCACAGUUGCGCUUUCACACUCUGGACGUAUGCUGUAUUGCGGCACACAAACGGGGCACCUGCGUUCUUACAAAUUCCCUCUUACGCAACCCGGCGACUGGCAGGAUUAUGUAGGCCAUUGUGCGCCCAUAACUCGAAUGAAAGUAACUCAGCAUGAUGAGUUUCUUGUUACUGUAUCUGAUGACUGUUCAGUUAUGGUAUGGCGCAUCCAAGACCGUGAGGGCCGAGCCUUGAAAGUUGAGAAAGAAGUGGCAUGGGCAGAAGAGAUUCUGAUCACGAAAAGUGAUCUCGAAGAAAAAAAUGCAGUCAUGACAGAAUUGAAGACACGAGUUGAUGAACUAAAGAUGGAGAAUGAAUAUCAGCUACGAUUAAAGGAUAUGAAUCAUAAUGAACGCAUUAAAGAGUUAACUGAGAAAUUUAUUCAAGAAAUGGAGUCUCUAAAGACCAAGAACCAGGUUUUGAGAACUGAAAAAGAACGCGAAGAAGCACGACACGAGGAGCAACUGCAUGAAGUGAUGGAAAAACACACAAAGGAACUGCGUGACUUAGAGUCCUCAUCGAACCACAAGCUGAUGCUUGAAUACGAGAAGUUUCAAGAGUUGCAAGCUAAGUCACAGAAAAUGCAGGAGGAUUAUGAGAGCCAGUUGCAGGAGAUGGAAGAAUCACGAGAGCGUAUGCUCGAAGAAUUGACAGAAUUCUUCGAGUCCAAAUUAAAUGAAAAAUCACUACUGAUGGAUUCAAUGAAUAAGGAGAUACGCGAGCAGACUAUGGAGUAUGAGGUGACGAAGCGUUUUAUAGAAGAAGAUGCAGAUCGUGAAAUACUGGAUAUAAAAAUCAAGUACGAACGGCGUCUACGGGAAGAGCGAGAUGCCAAUGCUCGCCUCAAAGGAGAGUCAGGAAUAAUGAAAAAAAAAUUUGCUAGUUUACAAAAAGAUAUUGAUGAGCACAAAGAAGAGAUUAAGAAAUUUCACACUGAGACUUUGAAGCUGAACAAUGUGAUACGCAGCCUGGAAAAGGAUGUUAUGGGAUUAAAGAAGGAGAUACAGGAACGUGAUGAAACGAUCCAAGACAAGGUAAAUAUAUAUCAAUUGCAUUAA